UGUAAAAAUGCAAGUUCGAAAACAACUCAAUGUUUAUCUGUAAAAGAAAAUUAAAUCUUUCGAAAAAAAAUAUUACAUUACUACAUUUAGAAAAUUAAAAAAUUAGAAAACACUUAAAAUGUCUUGUCGAGGAAUGAACAAUCUUUUAACUGGAGUUGGAAAAUGUUUACGUUUUAGCUACGCAAAAUCAAUCGAUAUAUCAAGAAACUUCAGUGAAAAAGCGACAAUUGACAAUAAAGAAAUUGUUCAUCAUGGAAAAUUAUCAAAUUUAUGGUGGGAUAAACAAGGACAGUUACGACCUUUACAUGCAUUCAAUCCUUUACGAAUUCAAUUUGUAAGAGAUGGAUUAAAAAAUGUUGGAUGGGAAGAAUUAAAUCCUAGUAAGCCUUUAGAAGGUUUGAAGAUUUUAGAUGUUGGUUGUGGUGGAGGAAUUCUUUCUGAACCAUUAGCAAGAAUAGGUGCUAAUGUUACCGGUAUUGAUGGAUCAGAAGAAUUAAUUAAUACAGCAAAAGAACAUGCUUCUUUGGAUCCGGCUUUAACUGAUCGUUUGAAAUAUAUUUGUACGUCAAUUGAAGACCAUACUUUAGAAAAUUCCAAUUAUUAUGAUGCAGUUGUAGCAUCUGAAGUAUUAGAACAUGUUACCAAUAAGGAUUUCUUUAUAAAAUGCUGUGUUGAUGUCCUAAAAGUUAAUGGAUCUAUAUUUAUUACUACAAUAAAUAAAAACUUAGUAUCAUGGCUGGGUAGCAUCAUUUUAGCUGAACACGUAUUAAAACUAAUACCAGUUGGUACUCACGAAUGGGAAAAAUUUAUUUCUCCUUUGGAUACUCAAAGAUUAUUAGAGAAACAUGGAUGCCAACUAAAAUUGGAGCAUGGAAUUUAUUAUAAUCCGUUAGUCAAUGAUUGGUCUUGGACAUCAACAACUGUAAAUAAUUAUGCACUCCAUGCAGUCAAAAUAUCUUCAACUUAAUUAAUAAUUCCAGUAUAAAUAAACAUCAAUUAUAAAUUUUUUAGUAUUCAUACAUAUUUUGAUCAACAACCAUUUUUCUACUAUAUUGAUUAUCGGAAAUAUAGAUUGCUACAUAUUUGUAUAUUUAUGUAUAAUGAAAUUUUACACGUACUAUAUAUUAGUGGUGUUAUCUCAUUGGUUGAGCUUAAACUUGGUAGAUCCACCCUUUGUACAUGAAAAUGCUUAGCGUCAAUUCUUCCAGUCCUCUAUCCAGCAGACAGUGUAUUCAAUCUAUAGCAUACAACAGCACACAAUUUUCUUUUCUCAAUUGUGUGUGGAUAGUUAAUACAGUCAGUGUUGUGUAUGUAUGUUGUUGACAAAAAAA